CCAGAGACACCGUGGAAAGGUAAAGGCUUUCCCAAAAGAUGAUCCCUCAAAACCUGUCCACUUAACGGCCUUCAUAGGUUACAAAGCUGGUAUGACCCACGUGGUAAGAGAGGCAGACAGACCUGGUUCAAAGAUCAACAAGAAAGAAAUUGUAGAGGCUGUAACAAUUUUGGAAACUCCACCCAUGGUAAUUGUUGGUGUUGUCGGUUACAUCGAAACUCCACAUGGUCUUAGGGCUUUAGCCACAGUUUGGGCUGAGCAUCUCUCUGAAGAUUGCCGCAGGCGCUUCUACAAGAACUGUUCUCCUCUGCAUGCAAGAGAAUUCUAUGGAACUGUAUACUGAGCUUACUCUAGUAUGGCUUUUGGGCUUUUUGAGUUUAGUGAAGUGUACUUGAGGGCAACGCCUCCUCUAAACUAUGAGGCAAUCCCUUCUUGUUCUUGCAGAAAUCCCAACUCCGUUUGUAAAUGGCAAUGUAACUUAACGCUGUAUGAUGUAUGAACACAGGUACAAGAGCAAGAAGAAGGCAUUUACCAAAGCUUCCAAGAAAUGGAGUGAUGAUUUAGGAAAGAAGUCCAUCGAAAAGGACUUAAAGAAGAUUGUUAAAUACUGUAAAGUUGUCAGAGUUAUUGCUCAUACUCAGAUGAAAUUGUUGAAACAACGUCAAAAGAAAGCCCACAUUAUGGAAAUUCAAUUGAAUGGUGGUAGUGUAGCUGACAAAGUAGCUUGGGCUAAAGAACAGCUUGAAAAGCCUAUUCCUAUUGCCAACGUUUUUGCUCAAGAUGAAAUGAUUGAUUGCAUUGGUGUUACUAAGGGUCAUGGAUACAAAGGUGUUACUUCUCGUUGGCACACAAAGAAAUUGCCCCGUAAGACACACAAAGGUCUUCGUAAAGUUGCCUGUAUUGGAGCAUGGCAUCCUUCAAGAGUAUCAUUCACAGUUGCUCGUGCUGGUCAAAAGGGUUACCAUCACAGAACUGAGAUGAACAAAAAGAUCUACAGAAUUGGUGCUGGAAUCCACACUAAAGAUGGCAAGGUUGUCAAAAAUAAUGCAGCCACUGCCUACGAUCUUAGUGAAAAAACUAUUACCCCAAUGGGUGGUUUUCCUCAUUAUGGUGAAGUUAACAAUGACUUUGUUAUGAUUAAAGGAUGUUGUAUGGGACCAAAGAAACGUGUUAUUACAUUGAGGAAGUCAUUGUUAGUCCACACUAAACGUAUUGCUUUGGAGAAGAUCAAUCUUAAAUUCAUUGAUACCUCAUCUAAAUUCGGUCAUGGUAGAUUCCAGACAGCUGCUGACAAAGCUGCGUUCAUGGGUCCUCUCAAGAAAGAUAGAGUUAAGGAAGAAGAGAAGGCUGCUGCUCCUGCCGCAGCUGCAUCCAGUUAAAGUGUAAAUGUUUUUAUUGUUUGACAAUAAACAGAUAUAUAACUA